UCCUGCUUAGCAUCCAUCCCUCUGGGGGCUCAGACAGGGCGGGCAGAGGCCCAGCUCCGGGCUACCACCUCCCUGCACGCCUGCUUUCCCGGGAUUAGGAACCGUGCUCGGGCUUCCCCGGGGGGUUUUACCCGGGCUGGUGUUUCCUUCCCCAGCGGGAGGGAAGGAGGAGGCCGAUAGUGGGGAAACAGGUGCCGGUGGAGCCCAGCCCAGUGCUGGGUAAUAGACAUGACUGCAGCCUCUCCCCUCUUCCCUGCCCCUUCACCAUGCUGUAGUUUUGUGAGCCGUCCUGAGCUGGCUGCUUCAACUUGGCACUUGGGAAGACCGGCGCUGGCACAGGGACAAUGAGUGACAAUAAACUCAUCCUAAACCAACUGAGCCUGGAAAAGUGCCAAGGGAGCACAGGGAUCCUGGAACUGGCUCCAGGUGCCAGUGAGCAGACAGCUCCUGUAAUUAGGUUUAAGCUGGAGCUGGAUCAGUCUUUGUGGGGGAUUAUGACCCCUCCAUCUGCAUAGGCACUGUGGGGGGCCUGGUGUCUACCUGCUCAGUGUCCCAGCACAGCCACAGUGUCAUGGGUGAGCUCUUGAGAAAGGGGCAGCACCAGCCAGAGCCGGUCCCACUCUGGCCCCAUGGGUUGGCCUGGGAAUGCUGGAUGCAGUGCAGGGCCUGCUUUGUUUUAACAAGGACACUGGGAGUUGGAGUGGGGGUGAAAAACAGCCAGAAAUAUGAUUAGAGGAUUGGAGAAAAUGCCUCGGAGUACAAGCUUUAAGAGCUCAAUCUGUUUAGCCUAUAAAAAUAGAAGACUGAGGGGUGACUUAAUUACCAAGCAUAAUUACUUCGCAGGCAGAAAAUACCAGGUAGUGGAAGUCUCCCUUUAAUCGAGCAGGAAAAGGGCACCAGAGAGCCAGGGACAGGAAAUUGAAGCCACAGACAAAUUAUAAAGCACCGCAUCCUGGCGGUGAAGCUCCCCAGGGGUGCAGACGGGUUCUCCAGGGUUGGCACAUCCCUGCAGCCACUCUUUGGGUGACAGUCUGUGCUCCCACAGACCAGGGCAGAUGAGGCUGUUCCUUCAUUCCCUUCCUUCCCACCGUGGUAGCAAGGGUCCAGAGUAGGUUUUCUGGUGGCUGGGUGCCAAAUGGUGGGCAUCACUAUUGGGCAUGUGCUGGCGGUGCCUCCAUUCCCCUUCUCUCUCUCUCUCUCUCUCUCUCACCAGCUGGGGUGGGUGCUGGGGCACAGUUUUGCUGGCGAGCCAUGGGGCAGGAGCGGAGAUUUUGAUGCCUCUCCCAAGAGUCCCCAGAGCCAUGACUGCAACUGUGCAGACACUGCGGUUCAAGCUGCUGCCACAUGAGCCAGACCAGGAGUGGGGGCACAGCUGCCAGCAGGAAAUAGAGCGUCGCUACCAGGUGGUGCCUUCGGUGGUGUGCGCCAUGUGCUGCCUCUUCGGCAUCAUCUACUGCUUCUUUGGCUACCGCUGCUUCAAGGCUGUCAUGUUCCUGACAGGGCUGAUGUUUGGCUCCAUCAUCAUCUUCAUGCUGUGCUACAAGGAGCGGGUGCUGGACACACAGCUGAGUGUGGAGGCCUCAGUGGGCAUCGGGCUGGGCAUCGGGGUCUUGUGUGGGCUGGUCACCAUGCUGGUGCGCAGUGUCGGUCUCUUCAUGGUGGGGCUACUCCUGGGGCUGCUGCUGGCGGUGGCCACGCUGGUGGUGAUGGAGCAAUUCUACCACCCACCGACUGUGUGGAUCCCCAUCGCACUGCUCCUGGGUGUAGGGAUGCUCUUUGCUGUCCUCACCCUGCAGUGGCAGCGCUUCUUCACCACGCUGUCCACCGCCGUCUUCGGCAGUGCCAUCAUGACCGUCACCGUUGACUACUUCAUUGAGCUUUUCCUCCUGGUGCAGUACAUCUACGAGCGCAUCAAGGUGGCCCCUGCUCGUCCAGUAUGCUGGUACAGCUGGGUCAUCCUGGGCGUCUGGCCACUCCUCACCACACUGGGUGUCCUGGUCCAGUGGAAGGUCACGGCUGAGGGAUACUCCCACACAGAAGUGAUCAUCAGCCGGCAGCAGCGCCGCGUGCAGCUGAUGCGCAUCAAGCAGCGGGAGGACCGAAAGGAGAAGAAGAAGAAGCGGAGACCCCACCACCCACCACCCCACCAGCACAAAGCCCACCCACCUGAGCCUGCCUACCGCCGCAAACCCAACCCCGUGCGCCGCUUUGAUGGGGACGUGCUCUCCCCUGUGAGUCCUGUGCCCAGGAGCUACAUCCAGAGUUUCCGAGAGCGGCAGACGGGGCCAUCCCUGAACAGCCUCAUCACCAGUUCCCAUGCCAUGGUGGACCUGGACUAUGACUGCAGCUCCACCGUGCCCCUCACCACAGGCUCCGGCCCUGCUGUGCGGGUGUAAGCAAACCCAGUGACCUCAAGUGACACCAGCACCCCAGCCUACUCCGACAGACCCCUGGGAGAGGUGGGGCUGUGCUCUCGGCCCCGGGCAGCCACACGUGCCUCAGGGCUGUGGAUGGAGACCCUUCCUGAGCACGUGUGGACUUGACUGGGUGAGCCUCAGCUGCCUGCUGGGCCCAGAGGUGCUGUGGGAGCCAUCCAGCAGGGACUUAGCCCAAGGACUGAGGACACCAGCAACCAUGGACGUAUGGUACGAGCGGCUCUGCUGGGGAAGGGGGUCCCUGAGCCGCCCCUGCUACGUGUUUCCCCAUAGCCUGGGCACACUCAUCCCGCAUCCCAACAUCUCCAUCCCCAUGUCUGAGCCCCUCUUCCCCAAGAUCAGCUCCUCACACCUGCCCCCCACCCCAUCGCACUCCCCCAGCAACUCCCCAAGUGCCUGUGCCCCACAUCCCUUCCUCUAAGAGCAGGCCCCACAGCUCUUGCUCCCCCCCAGGGACUCCCCCAAGCAUGUGCACCCUAUCCCACCCUGGCCCUGAGACCAAUUUCCAGGAAGCACUUCCCAAAACCUGCCUCCUCAGAAGUUUCCUCUGCCCUAGACACUGUCCCUGCCCCCCUGAGCGGCUUGCCUACUCCCCUUCUCCCAAGCUGGACUGGGGUGGUCCUGGGGCAGAGGCCGGGUGGUUCCAGUGAGGACGCUGCCCUGGGGUGAUGUGUGUGCACACCCUCAAAGUGUUUUGGUGAGAGACAGGACACUGGAUCCACCCUUUGGGCAGAGGCUGGGCUGCCUCAGGGACAUGGGGACCCCCAUGGCAUCAGAGGCCGUCGCUGUUUUGCUGGCGACUGGAUUUUAUAGUGGCCAGGGGGGACCUUGAGGUUGGGCCAAGCCUCCAGACACGGCCAGGCAGGGCAGGAGCCCCUGCCCAGGGCACCACUGCAGGCAGAAGCUCCUGCCCUGUAUAUAUUUCUCUUGCUGAGAUUUGUAUUAAUUUAUUAUGGAGUGAGCCAGGACUUCCCCAUAGCCAGGCAAGCAGAAUGGCAGCAAAACUGGACUGGGGUGACCCCCUGCUUUGGGAGUGCCCCCCCCCAGCCCAGCCCAGCCAGCCACACUGUCCUGGGAACUGCAUGUUUCUGUCAGGCGACCCCAUCUCCCCACAGUGCCGCGCCGCCGUCCCACUUUUCAGUCUCUUUUGUAAAUGUGCCAAAUGCUGCUGAGGCCACGGCCACACAGUAAAGAGCCUUUCAGA